AUGGGGAGCGCGUGUGCAGGUUGUCGUGGACUUUGCAGGUGGAGGGGAAUGGUGGGAAACCCUGAGGAUGAGAUGCCUGAGACGGGCGUGGGGUUGGGAUUCCUUAAUGGUGGUGAAACUGCAAUACUGUUGUAUGGCGACGAGAAGAGAUCUGAUUAUCACAGAGCAAGUCAGAGCGAUUAUUUUCACAUAUUUUUGUCCACAACAAACCCUAUCCUUGAGAGGUGGUUGACCACCUCACCUCGGAGAUCAGCCUUCCUCUCAACAAGCACUCGAAGCCCCACCUCAUUUCGCGUCUUUCGAGCUGAGAGUAUCUCUCCGUUGUGUAGCCUUGCGCAGCAGAGAAAACGGCGAGCGAAGCUCUCUCACUCACACGACAUGAGCAGCGGCGAUAAGCCACAGCGCAAGUCGCAAACGCCAAAGGUGAUUCUCGACCUUUCGAAACACGCCGACAAGGAGGUUCAAGUCCGGCUAUCUGGCGGCCGUCAGGUCCACGGUAUAUUGAAAGGAUGGGACCAGUUGCUCAACGUCGUCCUUGACGAAGCAGUCGAAGAUCUCAGAGAUCCUACGGACCCGUAUCGACUCAGUGGCAAAGAAAGGAAGAUUGGCCUAUUGGUAGCACGCGGCACUUCUGUAAUGACUAUCUCUCCCGUGGACGGCGUCACGCAGAUUGAAAAUCCAUUUGUGCAAGAUGGCGCUCAGUGA